CUCCCACCCGCACCUCGAACUCAAUUCAUCCACCUUUCUCUAUCGACAACCCCAGUAAACCGCCCUUUCAAGAUGUCAAACCAGGGCUACGAUGUGGUAGUCGAUGUGGACGCUGAGGGCGACCUCGGCCACACUGACCUUCAAGAGGACCUUGAAUUCCACCGUUCGAACUUCGAAAACGACCCACGCAGCGCCAAAAUCCAGCAAGACUCGACCCCAUUCCUCGGCGGCGGCGGCGUCGGCGGAGGAGCAGGAGGCACCUCGCGCGGCGGUCGGGACCGAUCCCCGGGCGGCACACCGAGCAAGCACACCUGGUGGACGAUCCACUACUACGCGCAGUUCUUCGACGUGGACACGAACGAGGUGCUGCGGCGGUGCCUGGCGACGCUGUACCCGCGCAACAACUUCCUGGAUGUGCUGGAGGGCAACCCGGACCUGUACGGCCCCUUCUGGAUUGCGACCACGGUGGUGGUGAUUCUGUUCUUGACGGGCACCAUCUCGCAGUGGCUGUCCAACAACGACGACGCGCACUUUGCCUACGACUUCACCCUGCUGUCGGGCGCCGCGGGCCUGGUCUACGGGUACACGGGCCUCCUCCCCAUCGCGCUCUGGGGCGCGCUGCGCUGGUUCGGCAGCUCCAGUGCCGACCUGGUCGAGUCGUGGGCCCUCUACGGCUACUCCAACCUCGUCUGGAUCGCCGUCGCGCUCGUCAGCUGGAGUCCUCUCACCGCGCUGAACUGGGCCCUCGUUGGCGUCGGGUUUGGUUGGACUGUCUUCUUCCUGCUGCGCAACUUGUACCCCGUGCUCAGUGCUACGGAGGCCAAGGCCAGUAAGAUCCUGUUGAUUCUGGUGGUUUUGUUGCAUGCUGGGUUUGCGUUGGCGAUUAAGAUCUUGUUCUUUGCUCACGGAAGUCCAGUCUCGAAGAAAGGCAAAAGCGAUAGCGACGGUGACCAGGAGGGCAAGCAACGGAUGCUCAUGUUCUAGACGGGGAAGGGCUGGCGCUGGACCAGAACAAAACAAGGCGUCAUAAUUGUCAAAACCAAUCCUUAUGUAUGUUUUCAUCUCGUUCAGAAACAGAGAAACAGGCUCGCAUCCAGACCAGUCAAGACAUACUACUGCUCAGGUAGCACACACUAUGUCAUGGUCAACUUCGCCCCGCUGAAAAUGUGUACUUCAAUUACUUCAUUCAGGCGAUAAUGUUGAAUUGUUUUAUCCUUUUUAUCCUUUUGACUCAAGCCCAUGUAAAACCCAAAGCGGUAGUAUCGUGUGUGACUUGGGAAUAUUUCUUCUGUUUACGGUGCCCGCAAAAGAAUAAUGUCACAACAAAGGGAAUUUGGGUUUUUUUUUUGGG